UGGCAAUGGAUAAAAAUACCUUUGGAAAGAAAGAAAAAUAAUUUUUGGCAGAUUUCACAAGAUAUUCAAAAGACGUGUGCUGCACAAAGCCACUGAAGUUUUAACAAACAACAUAAAACUGACAGCACAAUUAUGUGAAUUUGACAGUUGACCAACCUGUGCAGUUUAGCCGGCCUGACCGGAGAAAUGAGAGUCAUGUGACAAUUGGGCUGUAGGUGAUGAUUUAUGGCCCUAACUCAGCUCCCCUCUGGCGGAUUCUAUACAUUCUGGGGGAGGGUCUGGCUCAGACAUUAUGCAACACAGCAUGAAUAUAAGUGAGGGAAAGCCUGCUGCAGAGUCAACCCGGUCUCCUCCAGGUCACCUCUCUUCUAACAGAGCAGCAGUUGGUUGCAGCUUGCAGGUAAAACAAAUCUCCAUCCACCUCCUCUAGCUUUUUGAAUCAUUUCAAGUUCUAAUUUUUCUCUUCCCUCUCUGUGUCACAGAGUCUGUCUGAAGUUUGUUGUCAUCAUGCCUCAAUGCACCUCCAUCAUCAACCUGCGCUACCAGGACGGAAGCGAGGGCAGCCCCACCAACCCAGCCAAGUUCAAGUACCAGGACUAUGAGCAGCUGAAGGAUAACGCGGCCCGCAGAAACAGGCUGUUUGUGGACCAUCAGUUCCCACCUGACAACCGCUCCCUGGGAGACCUGGAUCUGAACAGGCAGCGGAAAGCCGAAAUUGAAUGGCUUCGUCCUGCAGACAUCUUGAAAGCCCAAGGUAUCAGCGGAGAGCCUGAAUUAUUUUCCAAAGGAGCCUCCCGCUUUGACUUCAGUCAGGGUUAUGUGGGUAACUGUUGGUUUCUUGCUGCAGUUUCCUCACUGACCUUCCACAAAGGUCUUUUGGCCCAGGUUGUGCCCAUGGACCAGAGCUUCAAGGACUACAAUGGGAUCUUCCACUUCAGGUUCUGGAGGUAUGGCAAGUGGGUGGAUGUUGUCAUUGAUGACUUCCUGCCAACUCUCAACAAGAAGCUGAUGUUAGUGAGCUCCAAGAGUGGGACUGAGUUCUGGGCUCCUCUGAUGGAGAAAGCAUACGCCAAGGUUUGCGGCACAUACGCAGACAUGAGCGGUGGGCUGCCAUCUGAGGCCUGCAAGGACUUCAGUGGAGGCAUGCACAUAAUGCACGAGCUUGCGCAGGCCCACGAGUACGGCCACGAUGCCAAGCUGUGGGAACAGCUGAGCAGAGCCACCUCGUGCAAGUCCAUGAUCUGCUGCGGGACCCCCCCCAGAAACGGUCGCAUUGUGAAUACUGUGCAAGACUCUGGAAUCGUGGAUGCCCACGCCUACUCUGUUACAGGCGUCACUGAGGUUGAUUAUUACGGCAGUAAGACGAAGCUGGUGCGUGUCAUGAACCCCUGGGGCAGAAAGGAGUGGAACGGAAGCUGGAGUGACAAGUCCAGUAACUGGUCCAGAGUGAGCCCGGAGGAUCGGGAGAAAUGUUCUGACCGCGAGGACGGAGAGUUCUGGAUGGAAUUGGAGGACUUCUGUCAGAAUUUCUCCAUGUUGUUCAUCUGCUGCGAGAACCCAAACUUCAUCGACGGAGACGUUGACUGCCAGUGGAAGUCCAUGACUUACGACGGCAAGUGGAGAGCCGGGAGGAGCGCAGGAGGCAGCCUGUCCAACUCUUCCUUUGACCAGAACCCUCAGUACCGCAUGGAGGUGAGCAUCAUCGACAAGUCUGAGAAGGCCGACAAAAACCUCUACCUGUCUCUGAUGCAGAUACCUGAGGGGGAGAACCGCCAAGGGAGGUCAUCCUACCCCAUUGGAGUCAGCGUCUUUAAGGUUCCUGACGGGACUCCAAAAGGACGCCUGGAUUACAACUUCUUCCGCACAAACAGACCUCAGAAGACGACUCAGAUGUACACCUACAACAGGGACCUGAUUGAGGGCCACAGCCUGGAGCCCGGAGAGUAUGUGAUCGUCCCCUCCACCAUGAAGCCCUACCAGUCCGCAGACUUCGUCCUUACCGUCUACACCAAGUCUGACGUUAAGAUCAGUCCCCACGGAGAGGAUGAAGACGAUCAUGACCAUGACCAUGACCAUGACCAUGACCAUGAGAAGGAGGAGAACUUGAUCCUUCCUGAAAUUCCAGACAAAGAGAAGGAGGAGGUCACCGACCAGAGUGCUCAGCGUUUGUUCAGGCGCUACGCUGACCAGUAUGGCGUGCUGAAUCACGUACAGCUGCAGAAGCUCCUGAAUGACAACUUCCCUCAUGGCUCCUACAUGGGCUUCCGUUUGGACACCUGCAGGAGCAUGGCAGCGAUGGUGGAUACCAACCAAAAAAUGUCGAUGACCUAUUCGGAGUUCUCCACUCUCUGGGAUAAGAUCAACAAGUACAAGAAACACUUCCAAAGUGCAGAUUACAAUGGUAACGGUACUCUGUCCGACUAUGAGCUGCAGAAAGCUAUUGAGGCUGCAGGAAUCGACGUGGACAACGGCCUGGUGAGGCUGAUGAUGUUCCGCUACUCUGGCAGCUCAAACACCAACCUCGAGGGCUUCAUCACUCUCAUGGUGCGCCUGGAGAAGAUUACAAAUACUUUCAACGACAAGUCAUCCGGUGGAGUGAUCUCAAUGUCCUGGAAAGAGUUCUCCAACUUCUCCAUGUACAACUAAACCAAAGCUGAAACAGGAGCACAGGAGACACACAAGAGAAGGAACCUGCAACCAACUGCUGAAUUUAAUAGAACAGAUGUCUUUCUGUGCAAAAACCUGUAAAGCUGUAACACGUUUGUUCUGAAACUUGAAAUAAACGUUAACCUCUGAA